AUGGAAACACUCUUUAAACAACUUGAAUCUUAUAAAGAUGACUUUGGUUUCUUAUUUCGAAUUGGAAAAUUGACCAACAUGGCCAAUACAGAUCUAUUAAAACAUUGCAUGGCCCUUCAAAAUCGUUUAACUGAUGGAGAAUCAAAAGAUACUGAUGCGUUAGAUUUAUAUGCGCAAUUAAUAAUUUUUAGAUUGCUUGUUACUGAAAACCAAACUCCUCUCGAAGUAAUUUCAAUUGUUAAAAAUUCCAAUGGUUCAUUUAAAAUAUACGUAGAACGAGGUAAAAAUUGA